GUGUCGACUAGCACAACAACUUCACAGGGCGCUCACAAGCAAUAUGCUCUCUGCCCGUUCCUUCUAACCACCAACGUUAAAUAUUCAAUCACUUAUCUCUUUAUUUCUUUUAUUUCUUCCUUUGUUGUAUACCUAUUAGUCAUUGUGAUAUGACAGAACCUUGGGCUUCCCAGGGCGGGACGCCGCUAUAUGAUACCCCUGAAUCUGAUCUAGCAUCUCUUUCACCUCGGACGGCACUGCUAUCGCCUCCCUAUGAGAAUGCCGAGCUAGUAACCAGACCGCGCCGUAUCAAUGGCGUCCCCAACAACAAAUUCCGUCACGAGCGCGAGCGCGUUCACGCAGCUGCGAGCGCUCGUGACCUCUUACGACUCUUAGUAAACGAGGAGUAUGAGGCGAAGCAGACUCGCAAAGUGCUCUAUACUGCAUUAGACAGAUUGGACGCCGAAAGUCGUCGUGCUGAAGAAGCAGAAACCCAACUAGCAGAGGCUUUGGAACGGACGCGGUCUAUCAAUGAGGCGCGCGUUGCUGCCCAGCAAGAGGCAGCUCGGUCGCAGGAGGAACUGAGGCUCUACAAGCUGCAACUUGACAACGCGCAGAGAGAAAUUCUUAGAGCCCAAGAUAUACUGGGAGCUCGAAAAUUGAAUGAAGAGCGCUUGAUUGAGCUCGCAAGGGAGGAGGGUCGCAGGCUCGGGUAUGAAGAAGGCAUUCGACGCGGUCGUAAUAUGGGUUACCGAGAAGGGCGCGUCGUUGUUAUUGAUGACGGUCGGUCUCCAAUGCGAGAAGCCCCUGCCGCUACCGACUCACGGGAAGAAGCAGAGGUAGCUCCUGUAGUUCUACCUCCUCAGUCUGCACCAGUCACACCCAUGCCAGAGAGCCGAACCGCACCAGAAGUCCUCCGUGUUUCAACACCUGUAUCAUCUUCACUUGAUGGCCGUCGUGACUCUCGUUCUCGUUCUCAUCGUGAUUCUGAAUCUGAUUCCGUCAGUCGAAUGAGCAUGCGCGCUCCUGACCCCAUAGUAAUGCCUGUCAUGGUUGAACACCCGCGGCUUAGUACAGACCCCUCCGUUACCAGUCAAUCUUCUCGUUCGCAUUCACAGCCCCAACCUUGGCCCAUGUCAGAUCGUUCUUCAGUUCGGUCACCCUCAAUCAAACCAAUAUCAGUGAUAAACUCUGCACCUAGUGUUCAGCACUCAGAGUUCCAAGUCCCACCGGACGGCUACAUACCAACCCUGGACAAGGACCAGCGCAUUCUUCUCCCUCCCCCGCAUGAACUUAUCCGCAAUAUGUCUUCACCAACACCAUCACAACCUGUCGCUGGCCCGUCCUCAGAUUCUGUCAGAACGUUCGACUAUCCUCGCCGUGCCUCUCCGGAGUCACAAGCGUCAACGAAGAUGUCUAUGUCUCAAUCCUCCACCAUGUCAGCGCUCGAGAUUAUUGGCCUGCCUAAUAUGACGAGCCGCGACAAACGUCGAGAGCGCAACGGUCUGAGUAUCAUUCAUGAAGAUGCAAGCAUCGCAGCCGAUUAUGAAACCGUGACUGGAUCUGAUGCAGGACACCAUCACCAUCGCAGCGAAAGACGCAACGAAAGAGACGCAGACAGUGACGCUACCAAGCACUCGCGGAGAGACCUAUCAAAGCAAAGACUUGCUGACGAGCUGAGAUGGUCUAACCCAGCCGAGCCUGAGGAAUGGCGUCGAUAUGGCGCAGAAAAGACUCGCACGCAAAGUUCUAAUGGUCCCCCCCGUCCUCGCCCAACGAACGUGACAACGCCCAACCCGCUUUCUCCUCUAAAUUCGGAUGACGCUAACACACCUCUGCCUCGGCAUCAGCAACAUUCAAGGACAGCAUCCACUCCUAGUCAACGAGGAUCGAAUAGAUAUGACCACCGAAGGGUCGUAUCGUCAGACAGCUCUGUCCCUGAAAUAACCAUCGAGCCCCCGUCCCGCCCUCCCUCUGACGCUCCAUCGAGACGUGCGUCCAUAUCUGGACUACUCAGUCCCGAUCAUGCCAACCACCCGCUCCCUGUGCCUGUGCCUGUUUCGCAACGCGCCCCACUUGUUCCUACAGUUCCUAACACUCCCGUUUCAGCGCCUGUCUCGUUGGUAGGGUCCAUGUAUGACAUAGGACAGCUGCCAAGCGGUGCACCGCCUCCAGGGGGUCCUGUCAUCCCGUAUAUGAACGAGAGAGAAGCACCCUCGCAACGCAGUUCGCUUUACGCAGCCGCCCAGCCUGAGGGUAGGCGGUCACAGACCCCUCAAUCUUACGUGGCCUCCCCAGUCCCCACUGGUGUUUCCUACCCCGCACCGCCUAUUUCCAGGCAACCGACGCCAAACGGCUCCUCACAGCGUGGAGGCAGUUCCUCGACGCAUGAACGCCGGCCGAGUCUAAGCCAGAUGGCGGGAAUGACGCCUGGCGCACAUCCGCGGUCUCUACAACCAAGCGGCGGCGAGACUUCGCGUUCGUCCCACAGACAACGAUCAAACACGUCAAGUAGUUCGCACCAGUCGUUCACGCAUUAUGACCCAGGCGUGUACAAUGACCCUGCGUAUUUUGCGAGUAGCGAGUCAUUGGUUUCUCGGACGGAUGCGAAUACGACUGCGAAUGGGGGUGGGCUGAGGAGGACCUCGUAGAUGCCCAUGACGUCCCCUCCAUUUUGACAUGGGAAUACUCGAACGACUUGGAUGAUUUUUGUCGCUCGAAUUGUCUUUCUUGUUGAAUCUUGAGCAUGAUAUCUAUUGUAUCGCGAAUCACUAACACCGAGUAAUCAACUAACUAGUAGGUCUGCAUAUCCACCGCUGUUGUCUUCACCAUUGCAUUUCAAUUAUAUCAUCAUCGGGACGUCCGAGGAUCGUGUCCCUGAAUUAACAGACUGCUUGUCUUCAUUUACCUCUACUUUUUUGAAUGAAUCAAAAAAUUGGAGCGCCCGCAAUGGAAUGAGCUACAAGGGAAACUCCAGGCCAGACCUCUAUAGUCGACUCGAGCCAGGACUCCUGCCACUGCGCCGGGACCCUUGGCGCUCCCGAGGACCUGCGUUAGACCAUUCACACUACACCAUCUUUCGACAGUCCACCACUUACUUUAUGCCCUACGCAGCCUUUGUUUACGGAAUGGUUCGUAUAC